GUGUGUGUGAGAGAGAGAGAGAGAGAGAGAGAGAGAGAGAGAGAGCGUGAGUGGGGGAGGGUUUGCCGGGGAAAAUGACAGCCGGUGGAUCCUCAGCGAGGUUACCAACGUGGAAAGAAAGAGAGAAUAACAUGAGAAGAGAAAGAAGGAGAAGAGCUAUAGCUGCCAAGAUCUAUACAGGACUUAGGACUCAAGGGAAUUAUAAGUUACCAAAACAUUGUGAUAAUAAUGAAGUCUUGAAAGCUCUUUGUGCUGAAGCUGGUUGGAUUGUUGAAGAAGAUGGUACCACUUAUCGCAAGGGCUGCAAGCCACCUCCAUCUGAGAUUGCUGGGAUGCCAGCAAACAUCAGUGCAUGCUCCUCAAUUCAACCAAGCCCGCAAUCCUCAAAUUUUGCAAGCCCUGUGCCUUCCUACCAUGCUAGUCCCUCAUCCUCCUCGUUCCCAAGUCCUUCUUGUUUCGAUGGAAACUCCUCCACGUACCUCCUCCCUUUCCUCCGAAACAUAGCUUCCAUCCCCACAAACCUCCCGCCUCUUAGAAUAUCCAAUAGUGCUCCUGUAACCCCACCACGUUCUUCCCCUACAUGUAGAAGUUCAAAGCGGAAAGUUGACUGGGAAUCCCUCUCAAAUGGCUCCCUAAACUCGUUUCGCCAUCCCCUUUUUGCAGCUUCUGCCCCUUCAAGUCCUACACGGCGCCCCCAUCUAACACCUGCCACAAUUCCAGAAUGUGACGAGUCUGAUGCCUCUACCGUGGACUCUGGCCUUUGGUUGAGUUUUCAUGCAGUGGCACCCCAAGUAGCCCCUCCUUCACCAACAUUUAAUCUUGUUAAACCAGUGGAUCCACAGUGUGCUUUUCAGAUUGGAGUUGAUAGGCAUGAAGGUUUGAGCUGGGGAGUAGCAGCAGAAAGGGGGAGAGGUACUGAGUUUGAGUUUGAGAAUUGUACGGUGAAGCCAUGGGAGGGUGAGAGGAUUCAUGAGAUUGGGGUGGAUGAUCUUGAGCUCACACUUGGAAGUGGAAAGGUCCAUGGUCAAGCCUCCAUUGAUGAUCUAGCCUGGGAACGUAGCAACAAGCUGUAGCUUGAAUUCAUUGCUCAUUCAAUGGCGUAGUUGUUUUUUACUUAACCAAUGGCAUGCAUCGCUUGGGUUUUACCUGAGGCUGCUACCAGCUUGGGAAGACUUCGAGUUCACAUUUGAUGCCUCCUAUCGUAUUUCAGAUCGAUGUAAAGUUUAUGUUUUUGUUUUUUUGAAGCCUAGCAAGAAUCGGAAUUUAUUAUAGGAUUCAGUUGCUGAUAAGCAAAAAAUUAUGCCUCACGGAAGGGGCUAAAAGUCCCCUAAUUUUCGUAUGGGGAAAAAGACCAGAGCGAAUGAUAUGGAUUGUGGAAGGUUAUACACUUCCUUCUCUUGUUUAUGUU